AUGCAGCAUCGGCGGCAUCAACGCAACGUGAACUCGCACUGCACCCUAAAAAACGGCAUGUCGCCCCUCUCGCGCUGGCUCGCGGUCGCGCUUCUGCUGCUGCUGUGUGCGGCGCUCGCUCCUCUCGCCGCCCACGCGCAAUGGACGUACCUUCCCCGCAUAUCUCGCGGCGCUUGGCUGCCGCGCUCAUUCGGUUCUGUUUCCCGCCGCGUCGUUCCUGCUAACGCGAACGCCGACGCGCAACCGCUGUUCCCGCACGCGCAGUCCAAGCUGACGUCAUCGCUCUCCCUCCACACCUGGAUGUUCCCCUUCGCGCGCUCGCGCUCCUUUCUCCGCACCGCCUCCCGCGCGCAGUCCGCGCCAGCGGCCGAUACGCGGGAUGCGCCCACAUUUUCCACGCUCACGCUAGAGCGUGAUCAGCCGCCCAAACCGCCCAAGUCGCCCAAAUCACCGAAACCGCCGAAAUCCCCCAAGCCGCCCAAGUCCCCUUCUCCCCCCAAGUCCCCCAAGCCGCCGUCCCCCCCAAAGCCAGGGAAAUCCCCCAAGCCCCCCCCGCCCUCGCCGCCCGCCCCCCUUCCGCCCCCGCCGGAGUGGCCGUCCUCGUACGCGGGCGUCGAGCCGCUCGCAGCGGACCCGCCGGAAACGCCGCUCUUCGACGUGCAGGAGGGGUUCGGCGCGGUGGGGGACAACGCGACCGACUCGUGGGCCGCGUUCGAUAGCGCAUUCCGCGCUGCGUGUGAAAGCGCGGAGGGGAGCGGCGGGCGCGCGAUAGUGCGCGUGGGGGAGGGCGCGUUUUACCUGAAUCGGUCCAUCACGGUGAACGGGUCGUGCAGAGCCGGCCUCACGCUGCAGGUGGACGGCACGAUAUACGGCCCGACCUCCAAGGACGGCUACCCCGUGCCAUCCCUCUACCUCAACGGCACCAUCAUCGGCGUAGCCAGCAACGGGCUGUUUCAGUUCCAGGGCCUGACGGGGCUGGUGCUGCGGGGGGAGGGGGCGAUCGAUGGCAAUGGGAGGAAGUUCUGGGGGUCCAAGGCGCCGACAAGGCCACAUAUUAUUGCGCUCAUUGACUGCCACAACACCACCAUUGAUGGGCUGCUGCUGCGCAACCCGCCCAUGUACCACGUGUUUGGGUACGGCACGGAGGGGCUGUGGAUCCGCGGCGUGACCACCAACAGCCCUGAGACAUCCCCCAACACGGACUCGCUCAAGCUGCUCGGCGUGCGGCACGCCGUCAUCGAGAACUGCACCUUCCACGGGGGCGAUGACGACGUGUCGCUCGUUGCCAGGGGCGCUCAGAGCGUGGUGAACGUGACUGUCAGGAACCUCAUUGCCACGGCUGGGCACGGUAUCAGCAUUGGAAGCCUGGGAGCGGGUGGGGCAGUGGCGUGUGUGUCGGAUGUGACGUUCAAGGACCUCAUUAUAGCCAACCUCGAUAACGGGCUGCGCAUCAAGACAUGGCAGGGCGGGCUGGGGAUGGUGCGCAACGUGCGAUAUGAGAAUGUGUACAUGACCGACACUGACAACGCCAUCAUUCUCAACCAGUUCUACUGCGACUCGCAUCAGGACUUCUUUUGUGGCAUAGCGCCUGACAACGUGGCACUGGUCAACAUCACAUACUCCAACGUUUACGGCACCACCACACGGAACGGAAUGAACAUCCGAUGCAGUGCGACGGUCCCAUGUGGCGGCAUCAACCUCAGCAACGUUAACCUCGUCUCCUCCAAGGCAGGAAGCUCUCUCCGCCCCGUGCUGAUGAAUGUAGUCAACAGCCAGGCCACAGGAGUGGUGGCACCUGUACCAGAGGGCAUGGGGUCUCCUCAGCAUCACGGCAAUCUCGAUGUUCCUUGCAGCAGCAAUCCUUGCCACCAUUCGUUCCACCCCACUGAGCCUGUCGCCCAACCAGCACAUUCGUUCCACAAUAAGCGCCGUAUCGUCGCGAGUUGUCGUAGCCAGCAGGCAGCAUCGAGACGGAGGAGGAGGUUAGCGAUGGCGUCAGGACCCGAGGACGUAGGCCGCUCGAUGAUGCCGUUCCUGCAGCGCGCCGAUGAGCUGCAGAAGCACGACCCGCUCGUCGCCUAUUACUGUCGGCUGUACGCGACGGACAAGGGCCUCAAGGUGCCGAGCAAGGAGAGGAGCAAGGAGACCAACGACCUGCUGCUCUCGCUGCUCGCCCGCCUGGAGAAGGACAAGGCGGAGAUACAGCUAUCGCCGGAGGACAGUCUGCACGUGGAGGGCUUUGCAGAGCGUGUCUUUGCCAAGGCGGACAAGCAGGACCGCGCUGGCCAGGCCGACAUCUCAACAGCCAAGACGUUCUACGCGGCGGGACUGUUCUUCGAUGUGCUGCGCCAGUUCGGCGAGCUGCCUCCUGAGGUGGAGCAGAAGCAGCGGUACGCAGCGUGGAAGGCAGCAGACAUCCGCAGAGCAUUGGCAGAGGGGCGCCACCCCACGCCCGGCCCUCCCGCUGCUGAUUCUGCUGGUGCUGCCGCCCUGCUCUCCGCACCUGCUGCUGCUGCUGCUGCUGCUGCUGCUACUCCCUCUGCGGCCCCGGACAGUGCUGGUGGGGCUGGUCAUGCGACACAGGGAAGCCAGCAGCAGCAGGACAUCCUGGGUCUGCCGGUGCUGCCCUCAGUGCCGCUGCUGCGCCCCGACCGCACUGGGGGAGCAGCGCCAGGGGGUGCUGGGGCCACAGGGGGAGCAGCAACAGGGGGAGUGGGAGGAGCCGGUGGGGGAUGGGCACAGGGAGGAGUGCAGCAGGGGCCAGGGGCGGGGCGAUCGCAAGGGGGAGGUGUUGGUGAGCUCGCUGUCCCCCCAUGCUGCCUGACCGCCCUUGUGUGCCGCCAUGCCCUCACAGCCCUUGCCAUGCCCUCACAGCCCUUGCCAUGCCCUCACAGCCCUUGCCAUGCCCUCACAGCCCUUGCCAUGCCCUCACAGCCCUUGCCAUGCCCUCACAGCCCUUGCCAUGCCCUCACAGCCCUUGCCAUGCCCUCACAGCCCUUGCCAUGCCCUCACAGCCCUUGCCAUGCCCUCACAGCCCUUGCCAUGCCCUCACAGCCCUUGCCAUGCCCUCACAGCCCUUGCCUGGGUUCUCCCUCUCCCUCACACUCCAUCGCAUCCAUCCACAAGUCGUCCAAGUCAUUCCAUUCAUCGUUCUUAUUCUUUUUGCUCCUAGUCCUUCCCCCUCUCUCAACCUUCUUGCGUUGA